UCGAGUAGUGUCGGUACACGCGCGGCGCGCGAACGUGGACGCGAGCUCGCCAUGGCGUCCCGCGGCAUCAGACGGAAGAAGUCCUCUCUCUCGGAGGUAAAGGUUGCGGUGGUCGGCGCACCCUCGGUUGGAAAAAGUGCGCUGACGGUUCGAUUUCUAACAAAAAGAUACAUCGGCGAAUAUGAUCAUCAACAAGACAGCAAGUACAAGCAUGAAGUGUUACUAGACGGCGACCCGAUCCUGUUCGAGAUCUUGGACACGUGCCCAAAGAGCACAGAGGAUCUGCCAACGCAUGAUAUCGCACAGUGGGCGGACGGCUUAUGCUUAGUGUACUCUAUCACGGACAGGCAGUCGUUCAACUUCGUGCGGCGCGCCAAGCAGAGCCUACAGCCAGAUGUACCACUCACGCUAGUGGGCAAUAAGGCUGACAUGGUCCAUCUGAGACAGGUGAGCCCCGACGAAGGCGAGAUCCUGGCAAAAGACUUCGAGUGCAGUUUCCGCGAGGUCGCGGCAGCCGAACAGGUGGUCCAAGUGAGCGAGGUGUUCCAAGACCUGUGUCGCGAAGUACUGCAGCUCAGGCGCCGUGCCAAGCACAGCUUGCUGGACCGCAUGCUGGGAACGAAGACGGCAUACCGGGUGUAUUCUAGAGGGAAGAGCGAUAGCGCGCUGCCGAAGGAUUAAUCUGUUGUAAAUCGACUUUUUUUGGUUUUCAAGCAAUUUCUAGAGAGUCUUUGGAAGGCCUGAGCUUCCCAUACAGACUAGCUUGCACUUAUCGCCCAAAUUAUUUAGGAUAUUUUAAAUAGCAAAAUGAUUUGUUUUGUUCAUGCAUGGUAAUAUGGAGAAAAUAUGGAUAACAGCGACGCACUAUCGCUACAAAAUUCCUAAUGUGAAUAUUUCAUUUUUCAUUUUGUAUUUCUAGAAUGUUUUUGAUAAACGGAAUAGACAUACAUAUCCUAAACGUCUAAAGUGCUCCAACUUAAGUACUCACCUGUACAAACCAACAAAUCUGAUUUAUGAUAGAAAAUACAAACUCAUAGUUUGUCUAGACUUGCCUACACACUUGUAUACUCUCGGAAGUCAUGCGCUUAGAUGGAAUGAGUCCUAUUAAAUUGUUAAUAUAUAUUUUGAUUUAUUUUCAAGGGUAACCGAAUGAGUUUUGACAGACAUAUGUAGUGAUAGACUAUAGACAAAAAUAUGCUGUGCAAUGUCUAUCUUCCUAGAUGUACCUACCGAUAUCAAUGUCAUUGUGGCAAACGAUAUACAGUCAUACAUAACUAAAAGUAGCUUAUGAAUCGACGCGCCAAAAGUAGGGUACCUAAUACUAGCAACCCUGAAAUACUUUUCCGAAUAGAGACAAAUCUCUAUAGUUCGUUUUCAAGAGUAUCUAUUACAGGUUACAGCCUUAGGUGUUCUACAUGUACAGGGUGGCUAAAAAAUAAGUGCAUUCCCGUUGCCAGGGAGAUUUUGAGAUUAUACUGAGCAACUUUUUCUAUGGGACCAACCACAAAAUCACGAAAAAAAAUUACCCUCCCAUAAGAAAAUGGACCAGCCAAAAUGUAUGAAACAGCCAAAUUUUUUUCGCAAAUUCGGGGUUGAUCCCAUAACAAAAGUUGCUCAGUAUAAUCCCAAAACCUUCCUGGCAACGGGAAUGCACUUAUUUUUUAGCCACCGUGUAUAUAUGACAUAUAUCUGUAUAUUAAGUUGUUAGAUAAUUGUUUAUUACUGUCCGCGCGCGAAUUCCGUGCACGGCUGAGGAAUGUUAGGAAUGUUGGGCGUCAUGACAUAGUGGUGUCAUUUUGACGUACGGGCGCGGCGCACAACCCCCCACUUCCUCGACCUCCGAAUGCACGGAAUUGGCGCGCGGACAGUACUUUCGAUGCGUAGUCCGCUACAUUUGAAGCUGACUGUAGAUUGUAGCUAUAGCUGACUGUACAUAUUGCAUUUUCGAAACUAUAAUGUGAAUGUGUAGACGCAUCAAUAUGUAUAGCCAAUGUGUGUGCACACAUUUAUUUGAACACAUUUAGUACCGUUUACUUAUUUAAAACUUCUUAGAAUUACCACUUAGGCAUAACAUUCUUUAAGAACCGGCCAAGUGCGAGUCGGACUCUCGGUCCAAGGGUUCCGUACGUUACACAAUAUUUAACAAUGUAUUUUUUAUGUGAAAAAUGUGUUUUAAAAAAUCCGUAGGGGUCAGAUCAAAAACUAAAUAAUUAAGUCCGACUCACGCUUGACUGCACAUUUCUAGUAGGUUUUCCUGUGAUUUAUAGGUAAAGAACUAUUUUGUGUAUUUUUUUAAAAUUUUAGACCCAGUAGUUUCGGAGAUAAAGGGGGUACGGGGACAGUAAUUUUUUGGCUAUUUUCUUAAAUAACUUCUAAACUAUUUAUUUUGAAAUUACAAAAAAAAUAUUUGAGAUUCUCACAACGAGCUCUUUCAUUUGAUGUGCAACAACAUAUUUAAAAAAAAAUAUAUUUUUUCAACUUAAUUGGUCCAGUAGUUUCAGAGAAAAUAGGUUGUGACAGACAGACAGACAGACGCACAAGGGUUCCGUUUUUUUUUUCAUUUUGAGACACGGAACCCUAAAAAAUAUAUAAAGAUUACGAUAAUAUGCACAUUAACAUGUUAACCAACUAUUUAUAGACUUUUUAACGCCGUAUUUUGUGUAUUUGUAGUAGGUAAUUGAAAUUCAUAUAAUUCAUUCAGUUAAUAUUUGUACGAAGUGAACGGAAGUAAGGUUGUGAAGGUGUGAUUAUAAUGCAGGGAUGAUGAUAUUUAAUUUAUACACGAACAAUCUUGUUACUUAAAUACAGUCGCCAUCAGAUCAUUUGAAUUAAGUUAAUUAAGACUGCGUCGGAAAUUAUAAAGAAAUAUCGCACAAAAAUGUUUGCGAGUCAAUUCAAUGCUUGACGAUGGUGAUGCGAUAAUUUUUUGACAUAUUUACCUACAGAUUAAAAUAAAUUACGAUCGAGACCAGACCAAAAUUUGUUUUGUUCAUAUUUCCGCCAAAACAUUCAAACUACAUACUCGUACAUUGCAAGAAUGUUACUUGAUGGCAGUACUAGUUUUUUUUAAAUUCCAUGUUAUAAAAGGAAACCCUCGUAUAUAAUAUACCGGGUGAGCCCUGUAACACGAGAAAAUAAUUAAAACAUAGAUUGUACUCCUCAACCGAUGACAGUUUUGUUCAAUAACUUUUAAAAUAUAUGAAGUCUUUAGAUUUCCAAUUUUGCAUACAAAAUAAAUAUUGUCUUCAAUGUACGCCACCAUCGUUGUAAUUAACGUUGCUUUUCACAAGAUUCGCAAUACAUUGCGUCUUAGAAUCAACUUUAAAGUGGUCUAAAAAUCAAAACACAAGUAAUUUUUAAAAGUCGAUGAAUAAAUGUUGGUCAGUUUGUGAAGUACUGUUUUCAGUUUAAUUUUUUGCUUACGUAUAUUGUAGGUCCCAUUCGGUAUAAGUACCUAAUAUUUGUACAUUCAUAUGGUGCUUUUAAAAAUGAGAUUUUAUGAAGUAAAAGGUUUACCUGCAUACCUAUUUAGUUAUUAAGGUGAGUUUAUAUUUUAUACCUAUAAAGACCCGUCUCUGAAAGAACAGCUUGCAAAGUAGCUAUAGUCUGUUUUAUUAACUAUAAUAUAAAGUACUAUGCCAUACAUUUUCCAUGCAAGCAACAAAUGAACGUUCCAUACUAUUUCCUAUGGGCAGUACUGUAGUAUUAACUA